AUGUACCAUGACCUCAAGAGGUACUAUCAUUGGGUCGGGAUGAAGAGGGAUGUAGCAGAUUGGGUUGCGAAGUGCAACACUUGUGCCUUGGUGAAGGCAGAGCAUCAGGUUCCGGGUGGUCUUUUGCAGAGUUUACCCAUUCCAGAGUGGAAGUGGGACAGGAUUACGAUGGAUUUCGUGGUUGGACUACCUGUUUCGAGGACUUUCGAUGCUAUCUGGGUGAUUGUGGAUCGGUUGACUAAGUCCGCACAUUUCUUGGCCAUCAAGAAGACAGAUGGAGCUGCUGUCUUGGCUAGGAAGUUUGUGCGAGAGAUUGUGAGGCUGCAUGGAGUGCCAGCUAGUAUUGUGUCAGACCGUGAUCCCAGAUUCACUUCAGAGUUUUGGAGGGCGUUUCAGGCAGAGAUGGGCACUAAGGUGCAUCUGAGUACAGCUUAUCAUCCGCAGACAGAUGGUCAGUCAGAGAGGACUAUUCAGACUUUGGAGGAUUUGCUGAGGAUGUGUGUGUUGGAUUGGGGUGGCCAUUGGGCAGAUCACCUGAGCUUAGUUGAGUUUGCAUACAACAACAGCUUUCAGGCGAGUAUUGGCAUGGCUCCAUUUGAGGCUUUGUAUGGGAGGCCAUGUAGGACACCCCUAUGCUGGACCCAAGUGGGGGAGCGCAGCAUGUAUGGAGCUACUUAUGUUCAGGAGACGACAGAGAAGGUUCGUGUUGUGAGGCUGAACAUGAAGGAGGCUCAGGAUAGGCAGAAGAGUUAUGCAGAUAGACGCAGACGAGAGCUUGAGUUUCAGGUUGGAGAUAGAGUUUAUCUCAAGAUGGCUAUGUUGAGGAGUGAGCUUAUUUCAUCUUUGUAG